AUGCCUCUGCUGACUGGAUUCGAAGUUUUACUUUAUGACAGGGACGCUGCAGAUGCUGUUGAGCCCAUUGCAAGUUUACCAGGACAAGCCCGAUACGGUGUUGAAAAACUACAAGAAGCGUUGAAACCACUUGUCCGCAAAGGAUUGAAAGCUGUUCUUUUAUUUGGUGUUCCUUCCAAUCUACCAAAGGAUGCUAGGGGGUCUCAUGCAGAUUCAGACUGUACACCUGUGAUAGCUGGUAUCAGGAGGUUGAGGGCAGCAUUUCCAGAUCUUUUGAUUGUGUGUGAUGUUUGUCUUUGUCCAUAUACCGAUCAUGGUCAUUGUGGUAUCUUGUAUGAGGAUGGAACAAUAAAUAAUGAAGCAAGCAUUAAGAGACUUGCAGAAGUUGCCUUAGCAUAUGCACAAGCAGGAUGCCAAGUUUUGGCGCCCUCAGACAUGAUGGAUGGGCGUGUCCGAGCAAUUAAAGACAAGCUCCAUGAGAAUAAUCUUGGUGGCAAGGUUUCUGUUUUAAGCUACAGUGCCAAGUUUGCUUCUAGCUUUUAUGGACCCUUCCGUGAAGCAGCAAAAUCUGCCCCAGCAUUCGGGGACCGACGUUGUUAUCAGUUACCCCCAGGCUCCAGAGGACUUGCUGCCAGAGCAGUUGAUCGUGAUGUUGCAGAAGGUGCAGACUUCUUAAUGGUGAAGCCUGGAAUGCCGUACCUAGAUAUUGUCAGACAAACAAAGGAUAAGUAUCCUAACAUUCCUUUAGCUGUGUACCAAGUGUCUGGAGAAUAUGCCAUGUUAUACCAUGGAAGCCAGGCCGGAGCCUUCCAACUUAAGACUGUUGUCAUGGAAUCAUUAACAGCCAUGAGAAGAGCAGGUGCUGAUUUGAUUAUAUCUUACUACACGCCACAGUUACUAGGCUGGCUUCAGCCUGAGCUAGGAGAAGAGGAUGACUGAGCAUUCCUGGAGGGCAUAUAUGUCAUGUUCCCAUGAAAUCUGGACAAAGUAGCAAAAAAUUUUGAAUUUCAGACAAUUUUAUGUGCUACAAUUUCCUUGAUUAGUUUAGAAUAGCCAGACCAAAUAUGCCCCUCUUAAAUUUUUUAUGAAUCCGAUUAUCAUUAAUAGGCCUAUUUAUUACUAUCCUAGGCCUUUAAGAGUAGGAGGUAAAAGAAUCACUUCUUAUGAUUAAUUUUCUGAUGAGAAAAGGGAAUUCCCAUAUCACAUUAAAGGGCCCUGCAAUUAAUCUUGCACUGGGCCUUUUCGCACCUAGCUACAGUAUGCCGCUGUGCCCAUAUAUGGGUAUGAUAUGACAUCACCAUGCACUUAUAAGGACAAUUCACACACAUUUGUCAAAUAAAAUUUGUUAGUGUGAAAAAAACUUUAGUACAACUGACAAAACAACUUCAAACUUCAGUAGGCAUGCAUAAGUUCAGUUUACACAUUACUGAAUGCGCAGUAAACAGUUAGAAAAUUGGCUUAGUUUCCAAACUCUUUUAAAAUAUAUAAGAAAAUAAGAAAUUGUAACUUGUACUUUUUAGUUGUAAAAAUUAUGUCAGAAGAUAGAUAGUAUAUGAACAUAGAACAAAAUAUCAAACUUGAUAAUUUUUGAAAUAACAAUUUACUUAUUGAUUUUCUCUAAAUGUUAACUUGCAACUUCGUCCAGGUUUCAAGGAAACAUGUCAAAUAUCAGCUUACGAAUUGCGGAAAAUAAUGAGCAAUGAACAACGGUAUAGGGUGUAGCUUGAUGUUAUUCCAAUAAAUUUUUAAUGUAACCCGCUAAAAUCCUAUUGCACCCUACUAUUAUAUUGUAGUGGACCAUACAGUAUUUCAGCCUUCUGAUAAACCAAAAUGUGCUGUGAUGAUAGGUCAGAUCGUUUGUGUAUUGUUGAGUGCCUGUUGUACCCUUCAGGUAACUUCCAUGUGUUUGUGAUAGGCCAUCAUAUCCCCUCAGAUGACCCCCCCCCCCCAACCUGUGGUAAUGUUGUUAUAGCACCCUAGGAUAACCCCAUGUGCUAUGUCAGGACAUUAUAUGCCCAAGAUGACUAUUUCACUGGUAGGCCAUGUGAGAAUAUUGUAAUAGCUUUUACAAGUGUAAUAGUUUGCUGGGUGGGUGAAGUACAGUGUGUACAAGUGGCUACCAAAGAUUUUGCUAUUAAGGCCUUUAUGUGGUAUAUUUUACAUAAACCAAAAGCAACUACAGUAUAAGAUUGAAUUAAUAACAAAAAAAAAAAUGUGUUGGCAUAUUGUUCAUCAAUUUAUUAAAAUAUCAAUAUAUAUUUGUAUUGGCCUUCAAAUAAGGAGCAAAAAAAUUAGGCACAUGUAAUGGGGUCCUAGUUGUGUUAUGCGGGAAAAAAAAUGUUUGUACUGUAUAGCAUGUACUUAAAUCUUCAUAUGCAAAUGAGUUACAGCUGGUUCUGUAACAAGGUCAAGGGACAUGCUUAUAAUUUUGUGUUCCAAAGCAUAAAGACCUGACACUCAGCAUUUUAAUGUUGAAAAAUAUUUUGUGUUUGUUAUAUUGGACAUUUUGAUACCAGAUCAGCACAUGAAACAAGAUGGUGUUUUUCAUUGGAUGUUAAAAUAACGCUUAUUACUGUAUUUGUAAAAAUGUAUCUUCCUUCGCAGCACAUAUUGACAGACUAAAAUUAAGUUGUGAGAAAUAAACAUAAUGUCUUGUACUGAA